AAAUAAUGAAGGACUGAGAACAUUCAACAGGCAACAAUCAUAUCAGAAACAAACUGUGAAGUUUUUUGUCUUAUCCUUGAUAUGAUAAACAAACUACGAAUUCAAGGACAUCAAAGCCAAAGUGGCAGGAAACAUUAGAGAUAAAAAGGACUAAAUAUGCAGCGUCGAAAAGGCAGUCAGAAUAGCCAGUACAGCGGCCAAUCCAAGCCUCGGUCAUGCGCGCAUGCCGUGCGCUCUGCCUGUUCCAGUGCUUCUAACACCAUCAAGAAGGUCGAGAACACAAUUCAAGCGCUACAAGGGGAUACGCUUGCGGACUUGGACGAGACCCUUUCAAACUCAAGCUCGCACUGGGACACCGACUUAGAGGACAGUAGCGAGGAUGAAGACCUCCCGCUCAACGUCAAAAACGAGAAAGAUUACAAAAAGAUUUGUAACGACCUAGGGGUCAUCCCCGUCUCACGCUUUGGCAAGGAGAUUGGUGCAGAAGAGGUCAAAAUAAACCACAGGUAUCUCAGAGCUCUGGGAACGAAAGCUGUUGCUUCAAUACUUAGGAGCACUGACUCGACCUCGAAGGUUCAAAUGUCAUUCAAUGAUUUAAGCGCGAAGGGAUCUGUCUAUAUGGGUAAGGUGUUGGUCUCUAACAAGUCUCUCAAAGAACUUGACUUGGCUAAUAACAACAUAAGAAAAGAGGGCGUGUCCGCUAUUUCUAACGCUUUAGUGGAAAAUACGGUAAUCCGACGGCUAGAUCUGUCUGGGAAUGGACUGACGGAUAAGGAUGCUAAAAUUUUGGCGGAUGCGAUUGGGAAUAACUCGACGUUGCGUUAUUUAAAUUUAAGUUAUAAUAAAUUUGGGGAGAAAGCAGGAGAGGUUAUAGGCGCCGCAUUGAGUUAUAACAAUGGCAUAACGGAACUUAACUUGAGCUGGAAUCAGAUCAGACGAAGGGGGGCUCAAGGCAUUCACAGAAGCCUUCGGGUCAAUGACACUCUGGAAAUGCUGGAUCUUUCCUGGAAUGGAUUCGAUGAUUUCGGGACGGAGGAUCUGAUGGAAGCUCUUGAGCACAAUACAAGUCUUAUAGUGCUAAACCUGAGCAACAACAGGCUUACGGAUCGAGGGAUACUAAACAUAGCGAAUGGACUUAACGGAAACACCACUCUAGAGGAGCUUAACCUGAACCGUAACCCUGCGUUGAAUGGAGACAGGGGAGUCACCAAACUCGCCGAGAACAUCAAGAAAAAGCAAUGCGCUUUGAUGAAUCUUAAAAUCGUCGACGUUCGAAUCGGAUCGGACUGCGUCAAGCUAUUAAAACAAUGUUUAUCCGAAAAUGAGAUGUUGAAUAUUGAUUAUGGCUGCAAGAAAAAGGACACGUUCUCCUCCAAGAAGGCUGAGAUCAACCCUUUCGAGUUCCUUAAGGAAUAUCUCGACAAGCAUAAGAUUCACUCCUCUGAUCUGUUCAAGCGUCUGGACGAGAAUGAACAGUUUAGGGAUAGCCUCACCAGAGCUGAGUUUACCGAGGGAAUGAAGCGGCUGAAAGUGAUGAAUGAUUAUUAUCUGGAUAAACUAGUCGAAAUGUUGGAUACAGAUGGCGAUGGUGAAAUUGACUAUAGUGAGUUCGUAAAAAUGUCCUGAUAAAAUUCUAGCCACGUAUUAGUGAUACCAAACAAUAGAAACUACCGGGUAUGUAUCCAUUCUGCAUUAGCUUUUAGUUGUCUAUUUGACCACCAAAACACGGCCUGUAAAAAGCCAAGGGUCAAGACUCCCGCUCCAAUCCCUCCAGGCCAUGUCGGAGAUAAGAAUUGCUACAUCCAAUAUUUUUUUUUUCUUUUGCGACUUUCUUCCCAAGAAACUUUAUAAGCUAAAACAUCUUUCACUUUUUUUGGCAUAAUUACGUUUGAAGUCAAUUUACGUAAACUUUUCUAAUUCUUAAAUGGUAGGUAUUUCACGUUUUCGGCAAGAAAAGAUUUUGCAAUUUUACCUAAACAAGGGGGUAGAUUCUCGCGAAGUUUUUCUAAAGGUAGUACUUGGGCGUUGCACUGUAGGACUAUUGUGUAAGUAAAGUAAUAAAGCGUCAAUAAAGUCUACUUCAACACUU